AUGAUCAGCACUCAGGGGCCUUUCUUCUUUCCCACGGCCCAUGUCUUCCUCUUUGUCUUCACGGCUUCCACCGUAUUUCACCUUCAGCAGCGGCUGGCGAAGAUGCAGCCUCCCUCGUGGGAGUCACAGACGCCGGCGCCGAGGCCAGCGCCCACGCAGGCGCGGGGGGGCAUCUGGACCAUCAACGCCAUAGGCCGCCUGGGGAACCAGAUGGGCGAGUACGCCACGCUGUACGCCCUGGCCAAGAUGAACGGGCGGCCCGCCUUCAUCCCGCCCCAGAUGCACAGCACCCUGGCCCCCAUCUUCAGAAUCAGCCUCCCGGUGCUGCACAGCGCCACGGAGAGCCAGAUCUACUGGCAGAACUACCACCUGAACGACUGGAUGGAGGAGCGGUACCGCCACAUCCCGGGCAAGUACGUGCGCCUCACGGGCUACCCCUCCUCCUGGACCUUCUACCACCACCUGCGCCACGAGAUCCUGCAGGAGUUCACCCUGCACGACCACGUGCGCGAGGAGGCCCAGACGUUUUUGCGGGGUCUGCGGGUGAACGGGAGCUGGCCGAGCACCUUCGUGGGGGUCCACGUGCGCCGAGGGGACUACGUCCAUGUCAUGCCGCAGGUGUGGAAGGGUGUGGUAGCCGACCGGCGAUACCUAGAGCAGGCCAUGGACUGGUUCCGGGCGCGCUACAGCUCCCCAGUCUUCGUGGUCACCAGCAACGGCAUGGCCUGGUGCCGGGAGAACAUCAACGCCUCCCAUGGCGAUGUGGUGUUUGCUGGCAAUGGCAUUGAGGGCUCACCUGGCAAGGACUUCGCGCUGCUGACGCAGUGUAACCACACCAUCAUGACCAUUGGCACGUUUGGGAUCUGGGCCGCCUACCUCGCUGGAGGAGAGGCCAUCUACCUGGCCAAUUACACUCUCCCAGACUCUCCCUUCCUCAAAGUCUUUAAGCCAGAGGCAGCCUUCCUUCCGGAGUGGGUGGGGAUCCCCGCAGACCUGUCCCCCUUACUCAAGCACUAA